AUGGCAGCCCCCGAGAAAGGUCCCCAGAGAUGGGGAGAGCCCCCCUUGGGGCAGAACAACUCACCAAGUGGGGCCCAGCCUCCGCACCCAGAAAACGAGCGUCCGUCUCCGUCUGCUUUCCCCAUGGGACGGAAGCCACCAGGUAACUUCACCAAAACCUCCUCCCACUUGCUCCACCAGCUGGUUCAGCGCUACCAGGAUUCCGAAGCGGAAGAAGAGGACCUGGGCGAGGGCGACUGGGAGUCCGACGAGUCCUCCGAGUCCGAAAUGCCGAUUUUGGAGGAGGAAUUUGAUGGGGUCCUGAGAGAAGAGACUGUAGCUGAGGCGCUCCACAAUUUGGGGCGCUCGGGACCUGGGACAGGGCAGGUCUACCUAGAUCUGAGUUUAUCGGAUUAUGGUCUUGUUGACAUUAGGAUUCUGAGUAGAUAUGUUCACCUACAGAAGUUGGAUCUUUCAGUGAAUAAAAUUGAAGAUUUGUCUUGUGUGAGUUGCAUGCCUUAUCUCCUAGAACUUAAUGCUUCUCAAAAUAGGCUGACUACAUUCUUCCAUUUCAAGCCACCCAAAAAUCUCAAGAAGGUGGAUUUUUCCUUCAACCAUAUUUCUCAAAUGUCUGAUCUGUCGGCAUACCAUGGUCUCACUAAACUCAUUUUGGACAACAAUGAAAUAGAAGAAAUCACUGGACUUGAGAUGUGUAAUAAUCUGACUCAUCUUAGUUUGGCCAACAACAAGAUCUCAGUAAUUAAUGGCUUAAACGCAUUGCCAAUUAAAAUUCUUUGUCUGAGCAAUAAUCAGAUUGAGAAGAUCACCGGUUUGGAGAAUCUGAAAACCCUGCAGAACCUGGAUCUGUCUCACAAUCAGAUAAGCAGCCUCCAGGGCUUAGAGAACCACGACCUUCUGGAAGUGAUAGACCUGGAAGAUAACAAGGUUGCUCAACUGAGUGAAAUAGAAUACAUUGAAAAUCUUCCUAUCCUUCGAGUUCUCAAUCUUCUUAGAAAUCCAAUUCAGGAAAAAACUGAAUACUGGUUGUUCGUAAUAUUUAUGCUGCUGCAAUUAACAGAAUUAGAUCAGAAGAAGAUUCAAGUGGAAGAAAAGGUUUCUGCAGUGAACAAAUAUGACCCUCCCCCUGAAGUGGUGGCAGCUCGCGAUCACCUGACCAACGUUGUCAACAGUAUGAUGCAGCCACAGAGGAUCUUCCACAGCACUCUUCCCAGUCUGGAUGCCCCUUACCCUAUGUUGAUACUAGCUGGACCCCAAGCCUGUGGGAAACGAGAGCUUGCCCACCGCCUCUGCCGACAAUUUAAUGCUUUCUUCAGAUAUGGGCCUUGCCAUACCACACGACCUCCGUAUUUUGGAGAAGGGGAUCGGGUUGAUUAUCAUUUUAUCUCUCAAGAGGUUUUUGAUGAAAUGCUAAACAUGGGAAAAUUCAUUCUGACAUUUAAUUAUGGUAAUCACAGUUAUGGAUUAAACAGAGACACUGUGGAAGAUAUUGCAAGAGAUGGGUUGGCAAGCUGUAUUCAUAUGGAAAUAGAAGGUGUAAGAAGUUUGAAAUAUUCUUAUUUUGAGCCACGAUAUAUCUUGGUGGUGCCCAUGAACAAGGAAAAAUAUGAGGGACACCUGCGGAGGAAAGGGUUAUUCAGUCGUGCAGAAAUUGAAUUUGCCGUCUCCAGAGUGGACCUUUAUAUUAAAAUUAAUCACAAAUUUCCAGGGUAUUUUGAUGCUGUCAUCAAUGCAGAUGAUCUGGACGCUGCCUACCAAAAGCUGAGUCAGCUCAUUAGAGGAUACUUGGGAUUGACAGAGGAACCUGCCAAGACUUUGGCACCAACUUCAGAGGUUCCGGCGUCUCCUAUGCUAGUUGAAGAGCCUCCCGAGAAGCCUGCUUCUGUGGACAUGAGUGAUUUCCUGGAUUCCACAAGCAGAAACUACUUUGCUAAAUUGUGGGCCAAACUUUCAACCAAAAAAACAUCAGUGGAAAGAUACUCUCUGCACAGACAGCAUGAGGCAGCCCGGCAAGCCCUUAUGGGAAAUAUACCUCGUGAUCAGACUCUCCUGUUUCAAAGGGGUCCAGUAUCAGCACCUAUAAUCAGUAAUCAACAGUAUUUUUCAAGUUUAGAAGAGCUACGAAAAAGUUUGGAACUGUCUGAAGAAUAUUUUAAGCCUUCCUUUGGAGUAUAUCCGGAAAUGAAAAACAAGGAUCCCCAUGUUAGCAUGAAAUAUUCUACAUUGCUUUACUCCUAUCCAUGGCCAAGAGACUUUUCUUUGCAGUUUCCAGAGGGAACUAUUGUUUCAUGGCCAGAACCAGAAGGAAGUGAUCAUGAGGCAGAUCAAGACAGAGAAGCACUACAGUCUGCAGGAGAAAAAUCAUCUGCCCAACACAAAAAACACUCAAUUUCAGUCAUAAGUCGCCCCGGUUCCAACACCAAGCCCACCCUCCCUCCAAUCCCAAAGGGUCGCAAAUAGACCAGCACUUGACAUCUGACUUUGAACAUGGAAAAUGUGCUCUGCAAUGUCCAGUCCCUCUGUCUUCCCUGGCGAUGGAACUCAGCAGGUUCUCACUCAGCCAACUAGUUUCAAAAGAAUGUUUAGCUGCCUCAAUU